AUGGACCGCAAUCGCAUCCAAACUUCACGAUCGUCCGAAAACACUCAGCAUAUCACCUCUUCGUUACCAACCCAAAAACUCAAAGAUUCCUGCGAUAAAUGCUCUGCCUCCAAAGUACGUUGCACAAAGGAGAAACCCUUAUGUGCUCGCUGCGAUAAGCUCGGAUACACAUGCUUUUACAGCCUAGCAAGACGGGCUGGCCGCCCUUACCGGUCGAAAAAACAAUUAUCAGAAGGAGGGAAUGGCGAAGAAACAAGCACAUCCUCUACGAGAGAUUUAACAACGAACCAGUUCGUAGACGAGAGUGCAAGGAUAUACUCUCGCUUCAAUGCCUCCUCCACACCCGUCGAUGUGACCUCCAAUAGCUCAAUCUCAAAUUCUACUCCGGAACAACAUGACUCCAAUAUCACAAAAAGCCAUGACGCCUCUGAUCCGGACUGUUUGCUAGUCGCUCUGGACAUAUUAUCCGAAAUAGAAGUGCCAGCAGAGCAAAUGAGACGAGUAUCCCCCGGAGAUACAAAUCUUCUCAACACGACCGCACAAACCGUCACAGCGGCCUUUCAGCGCCUCUCUGCAGUUUUGAUUUGCCCUUGUUCCGAGCGAGCGGAGGUGGGGAUGCUCGUUUCUGCAAUUUGCAUGUCCAUCAUCGACAUGCAUGCUCUGACAAUUGCAAACAUUGCAAAAGACCAGCCACCCACUAGGCUGGUCACUCAGCCAAUGACAUGGGAUAAUUCCAGUAUCGGGUCUCAUAGGUCUCCUGAGUAUGAGGUUACGGCUAUACAUAUUUUUGUGGAGCUUUCUGAACUGGCCAAGCUCAUUUUGCAGCUGACUGAGCGCUUUGAUGAAGGAAGUGAAAUUUUAAACAGGGAGAGUCUAGGAAAUGGAUCGGAGCUGCCAACGGACUUUCUGCCAGGAAUGGCUACUUUUUUGCGGGAGAGGUUGCAGCUAAUCACAAAUGACGCUACUCAUUGGCUUGGAUAG